AUGCAGCGCGCCGUAUGCUGGUACCUGAGCUGUGACCGAUACUGGGAGGACACGGCGCCCUCGGCACGCGCCUUCCCCUGGCCACUGUUACUGGCCCUGGCUACCGGCUUAGCUCUAGCACUUUGUAUGUGCUACUACAUCAUAUGGAUUGUGUUCGACUCGGAAGAGGGCAGCGUAGCGGGCAGCGCGUCUGUGUCGAUGACGACGCACUCGUCGCCGACGCGCGGCGAGCGGCUGGCGGCCGAGGACGCGAUGCUGGACGACCCCGACCACGACGACCACUACAUAUACGUCACCUACCCGCCCGAGCUCAAGCGCAGGCUGCUCGAGAGGUACGAAGCAAACAAACUCACUCUCAUCAUACUGUCGCCUUAUAUCAGACAAACGCGAGUAGACUAA